AUGAGCAACGUUGUCGAGCGUCUGCGUGAGCAAGCCGGGCGUAUUUCGCAGCUGGCUCGUACGCUGGAUGACGGCGAUAUCGACGAAGUCGUCAUCGACGGCCACGCGAUGCUGCUGCGAGGUUUGAACCAGAUCGACAACUUCGCAGAUAACGCAGCACGUGCCGUGCGUGAAGCGCGUACGAUGAAGGAGCCAAUGGCCGAGAAAAAGGUCUCCUGGGCCGCAUGGGGCUGGCUGACGCUACUCGGCUUGAUGUUGGUCAUUCCUAUCGUGGGAAUUGCCCUCGAUCAAGCUGCCGCCAUGGGUGCGUUUCUGUUUCCGGUUUUCGCUGGCACCCUUGUCGGAGCGGCAACGUUGCUGGCUGCUCUUUACGUGAAGAAUUUCCCCUGGUGGUGGUCGAUUGCCCUGGCAGUUUGGGCACUCGUUCUCGUGCUGUUUCAUCGCGAUUUGGGGCUGAUUCUCAUCGGUGCAGCCCUCGGAUGCCUGCUCGUUGCAUUUCGA